AUGGUUUCAAUUUCUGACCUCCGCUACGCAGACCUUCAAGCCUGUUGUGUUUGCAUAGGCUUUAAGGACGAGGAUGAGUACAAAGUUGAUGCCGACGCAGAGGCCUCCCUUCGAUCUAUUUUGCGCUAUUUGAGGGCUGAAAGCAGUAGUUGUGACAUUCGCCGGGAACUAGGCCGUUUGGAGAUCAUUACCAGUGACCUCUUGCCGCUUCUAAAAACACCAAACAUCACAAAUUCCCUGUUUGAUUUGACGAUUCGGUUGCUGGUCAACCUCACCCAGCCUGCCAUUGUGUGCUUUAGACAUGAGCUUCCCAAAGAUCGGGAUCUAUACACCUCCUACCUGCAGGUGGAUAGCCUGCUUAAGGAUUGCAAAAAGGCAUUUGCUGAUGAACAGGCCUUCCGUGUCCUGGCCUCACGAGUGGAGAAUUUGUUUAACAGGACCUGGGUGGAGCGAAGUAAUGAUGAUAGGCUCCUCAUCGAGCGGAUCCUGAUCCUUAUACGUAACGUGCUGCACAUCACGCCUGAUACGUCAUCCGAGUACCGCACUGACGAGGAUGUCUCUGUUCACGACCAACUGCUCUGGGCUAUGCACCUCUCCGGAUGGGAUGAACUCCUCCUGUUUAUGGCCAAUGCGGAGGAUGAGCGGGAGAAUUUCGCCUUUCACACACUUGAAAUUAUUUCCCUAAUGCUGCGAGAACAGACCCCAGAAAUACUGGCCAGUGCCGGCAAGUCGGCAGAUGUCGCUGCUGCGAUGGAUCCAGAGUCCAAAGUCUUUGAACGUCUUCGCUUGCGGGAGAAAGAGUGCAAAAGGGCGGCCCUGAUUGAAUUGAACAUGAGACACAAUCGAUUUGGUGGCACCUUUGAGCUCUUGAACACUAAAUCCCUGUCUGAUCGCCCGCUCAUUUAUCAUCACGACGUGACGGCACCACUGAUGUGUGCAAGAAAAACUUUCGAUCCCACCGAUGGGACUGAACCCUCUGGAGACGUAAGCUCUCUUACCACGGAUGUCGGUCUCGUGGAUCUGAAUCUGGGGAAAAGUGUCCGACGAAAAGCCAGGAAUAGGAAACCCCUCAUCGAACGGGAGCUCCACAGACGCUCCAUUUUCGCCGUACAGCUCUAUCUUCAGAAUUUCUGCUGGCAAUUCCUCUGUAAUUGCUACAACCCGCUAAUGAAUGCAGCCCGCAGCGCUAUUCUCCGCCAGACUACUCAGGCCAAUGAUGAAACCUACUACCUCUGGGCCAUGCGAUUUUUUAUGGCCUUCUGUCGUCUCUACAACUUUCGUGCAGAGUUGGUCAGGUAA